AUAGUCCAUCCUCCACAUAAACUUUGCCCCAACCCAACACUGAAAUUGCACUGCUAAUUUCUCUGCUUCUUCCUUUCUUCCUCAAACACUCUUCACUCAUUGUCAAAACUAAGACCAAUUUCUAAAUGAAGAAAGUAGUGGUGAAAUUGGAUUUGCACGAUGAAAAAGCAAAGCAGAAGGCCAUGAAAUCGGUUUCUAGCCUGCCAGGUAUUGAUUCGAUCUCGAUGGACAUGAAGGAGAAGAAACUGACUGUAGUGGGAGACAUAGACCCUGUGAGUGUGGUGAGCAAAUUGAGAAAAAGUUGGCACACAGAAAUUGUGACUGUUGGGCCGGCAAAAGAGGCAGAGAAGAAGAAAGAUGAAGAGAAGAAAGACGAUAACAAGAAGAAAGAUGAUGAGAAGAAGAAAGAUCCAAAUCAACAGAUUGAGGAGCUUGUCAAACUCUACAAAGCAUACAAUCCCCACAUGACCACAUACUAUUAUGUUCAGAGUGCUGAAGAGAACCCUAAUGCUUGUGCUAUUUCUUGACUCACACUCAUUAAAGCUUUGUGUAAAUUAUAUUUUCGGA